AUGGUUUCCGCUCAAGAAGCCAACGCCCUUUACAUCUGUCCCGAGAGCCGCCGCUCCUCAACCUCUUCAGCCAGUGGCACUACUUCAACUACUUCAACUACUUCAUCAAGCAAGCCUGCCGCAGAGGUGAGCCCCGACAUGAAUGCCAGCGUCCUUGGAUCGCAGAAUCCCAACCACCCUCUUCCGGCCUACGCACGAGACUACCCCAAGCCUGCAGGCGAACUCGACAUUGACGAGGCACUCAACCGCAGACCUGGUCCAUGGACCUUCCGCGGCGCUGUUGAGAGAAGCGUGAAAAGAGGACCUCGUCCAUCUGCCCAUGGGACAAACGCAGAGGACAACCUCGCUACGGCCUGCGCCGAGGCUAAAAAGGAGCUCCUCGAGUCCGCUGCGCAAAUGAAUUCCGCGCAGCGCAAACAGUAG